UCCGCUCCGCACCGAGCAGCGCUAUAAAAGCCUGCUGGAGGAAAAAAAAAACAGUUUUGAGAGACGGAGACGGAGACUGAAGACGGAGAGACGGUAGAGGAGUGCAAGUCCUUGUUUUUUUCCUUUUAUCUAAUCCUGGAGAGGGGAUUACAAUUUAUGAGAAGAGAGAAAGCGGAUACUCGAAUUAAAGGUCGUAAGGAGCUGGAGCGCGCUCAGUGAGGUCGGGCAGACGGCGACAUGGCAGUCUCCACUCAGCUGGGUUUACUGCUUUGGAAGAACUUCACCUACCGACGGAGACAGACUAUCCAACUGCUGAUCGAGAUCGUUUGGCCUCUGUUCAUCUUCUUCAUCCUGAUCUCAGUACGACUGCACUACCCGCCCUACGAACAGCAUGAAUGCCAUUUCCCCAACAAGGCCAUGCCCUCAGCAGGGACCCUGCCCUGGGUACAGGGCAUCAUCUGUAAUGCCAACAACCCCUGCUUCCGCUAUCCAACUCCCGGAGAGAAGCCUGGGGUGGUGGGCAACUUCAACGACUCUAUAAUCUCGCGUCUGUUCAUCGAUGCUAAGAAGAUCCUGCUGUACAGCCAGAACGAUAAGAGCUUCGAGGGCUAUAAGGGGCUGGUGAGGGCCCUCAGGAAGCUGCAGAGGAACACUGCUCGUUUCAAGCUGAAGGACUUUUUGAAAGACAAUGAGACCCUCUCACACUUCCUGCACCACAACGCCUCCCUUCCACGCCACGCUCUAAGACAGAUUGUGGAGGCUGACGUCAACCUGGAGAAGGUCCUGACUAAGGGUUUCGGCUUCCAUCUCAGAGACCUCUGCAACACCACGCCCCUGGAGGAGUUUGUCCACAUUGCUGACAGCAAUGUGUCCCGGCUUACUCAAGAAAUCAUCUGCAAGUCCUCCAGUGACUGGCUGAACAAGGCCCAAAGCCACUUCCUGUCAAACUUGGAUUUCCUCAAACCCAUACGGAGGGAUGUGAGGUCAGACCCAAAGGUCGUCCAGGAGGUCUCUGCCGCCACUGAUAGUCUUCUGGAGAGCCUGGGUGGACUGGCCGUCGAGCUUGCCAGUAUGAAAAGCUGGAAAGAUAUGCGUAAGGAGAUCCAGUACCUGACUGCCAACGCCAAUGGCUCUCCUAACCAGAUGUACCAGGCCGUGUCUCGUAUCGUCUGCGGGCAUCCAGAAGGAGGCGGUCUCAAGAUCAAGUCCCUCAACUGGUACGAAGACAACAACUAUAAGGCCUUGUUCGGAAACCACGGCAACGACAGCGACAGCGAGCCCGUCUCUGUUUACGACAACUCCUCCACUCCUUACUGCAACAACAUGAUGCGGAGCCUGGAGUCCAGCCCCAUUUCCAGGAUGAUCUGGAGAGCUCUGAAGCCUCUGCUGAUGGGGAAGAUCCUGUACACCCCAGACACCCCGGCAACACAGAGGAUCAUCCAUGAGGUGAAUAAGACCUUCCAGGAGCUGGGUGUGCUGCGGGACCUGGGCGGGAUGUGGGAGGAAAUGCGACCCAAAGUUUGGAACUUCAUGGAGAGCAGUGAAGAGAUGGACUUAGUUAGAACUCUGCUCCAGAAUAAUGCCAGCGCUGCGUUCUUCAACGCCCAGCUCAGUGGGACGGAGUGGCAAGUAUCAGACGUGUCAGACUUCUUGUCCAAAGCAUCGGAGGACCAGAGAUCUGCAGGAUCUGCCUACACCUGGAGAGACGUCUUCAAUGAAACUGACCAGGCCAUACAGACCAUCGCACGCUUUAUGGAGUGUGUGAACCUGGAUAAACUGGAGCCGGUAGCCAAUGAGGAGCGAUUGGUCAACAAGUCCAUGGGUCUCCUUGACCACCAGAAGUUCUGGGCAGGAAUCGUGUUUCCUGACAUCGCCCACAACAACAGCAGCGAUCUGCCUCCCAACGUCAACUACAAGAUCCGCAUGGACAUUGAUAAUGUGGAGAGGACCAACAAGAUUAAAGAUGGAUACUGGGAUCCCGGUCCCAGGGCAGACCCCUUCGAAGACCUGCGGUACAUCUGGGGAGGGUUUUCCUACCUGCAGGACGUUAUAGAGCAAGGAAUCAUCAGAGCUGUCACCGGCACCAAGGAGAAGACGGGCAUUUACAUUCAGCAGAUGCCCUAUCCCUGUUAUGUUGAUGACAUAUUCCUGCGGGUGAUGAGUCGGUCCAUGCCUCUCUUCAUGACGUUGGCUUGGAUGUACUCAGUGGCUAUCAUCAUCAAGGGUGUGGUGUACGAGAAGGAGGCACGACUCAAGGAAACCAUGAGAAUCAUGGGAUUGAACAACGUCAUUCUGUGGCUCAGCUGGUUCAUCAGCAGUCUGAUCCCACUGCUGAUCAGUGCCGGACUCUUGGUGCUGAUACUGAAGAUGGGUAACCUGUUGCCCUACAGUGAUCCAGGUGUGGUGUUCCUCUUCCUGGGAUCCUUCGCUGUAGUAACCAUCAUGCAGUGUUUCCUCAUCAGCACGCUGUUCUCCCGCGCUAACCUGGCAGCAGCCUGUGGCGGCAUCAUCUACUUCACCCUCUACCUGCCCUACGUGCUGUGCGUCGCCUGGCAAGACUACGUGGGCUUCGGGGCUAAAGUCGUAGUGAGCCUGUUGUCCCCUGUGGCUUUUGGGUUUGGCUGUGAGUAUUUCGCCCUGUUUGAGGAGCAAGGGGUGGGCAUCCAGUGGUCCAACCUGCUGGCCAGCCCUCUGGAGGAAGACAGCUACAACCUGACUACAUCUAUCUGCCUCAUGCUGUUUGACGCUGUGCUCUACGGAAUAAUGACCUGGUACAUUGAAGCUGUUUUCCCUGGCCAGUAUGGGAUCCCCAGACCUUGGUAUUUCCUCUUCACUAAGACCUACUGGUGUGGAGAAUCAGAGAACAAGAACAUCUCCACCCCUCUGGGGAAGAAGGGCAAUGCUGACGCGGUGUGUAUUGAGGAGGAGCCAUCCCACAUCAAUCCCGGUGUGUACAUCAAGAACUUGGUGAAGGUCUACAGCAAUGGAAACAAAUUGGCUGUGGACGGACUGAGUCUGGGAUUUUAUGAAGGACAGAUCACUUCCUUCCUGGGCCACAACGGAGCUGGCAAGACCACAACUAUGUCAAUCCUGACGGGGUUGUUCCCGCCCACCUCUGGUACCGCCUACAUCCUUGGAAAGGACAUCCGGACUGAGCUCAGCACCAUCCGGCAGAACCUGGGCGUCUGUCCCCAGCACAACGUACUUUUCAGCAUGCUGACAGUGGAGGAACACAUCUGGUUCUACGCUCGUCUGAAGGGCCUGCCGGAGGACAGGGUGAAGGCUGAGAUGGAGCAGAUCGUUAAUGACAUCGGACUGCCUCACAAACGAAAGUCCCGCACCAGCACCCUGUCCGGGGGUAUGCAGAGGAAGCUAUCUGUGGCCCUGGCCUUUGUUGGGGGGUCAAAGGUUGUGAUCCUGGAUGAACCAACUGCUGGGGUUGACCCGUAUGCACGCAGGGGCAUCUGGGACCUGCUGCUCAAAUAUAGACAAGGCCGAACCAUCAUCCUGUCCACCCAUCACAUGGAUGAGGCCGACAUCCUGGGUGACCGUAUCGCUAUCAUUUCCCACGGCAGGCUGUGUUGUGUAGGCUCCUCUCUCUUCCUGAAGACCCAGCUAGGGACAGGCUACUACCUGACCCUGGUCAAGAGAGACUACGACCUGACCCUCCAGUCCUGCAGGAACUCUGCCAGCACCGUCUCCUACAGCAAGAAAACCGAGAAGGAGGACAGUGUAUCAGAGAGCAGUUCUGACGCUGGUUUGGGCAGUGAACCAGAGAGCGAAACCACCACAAUUGAUGUGUCCCUCAUCUCCAAUGUGAUCUUCAAGCAUGUCCCAGAGGCUCGGCUGGUGGAGGACCUGGGCCACGAGCUCACCUAUAUCCUGCCCUACCAGUCCGCUAAAGACGGCGCCUUUGUAGAGCUCUUCCACGAGAUUGAUGACCGACUCACCGACCUGGGAAUAUCUAGCUAUGGAAUAUCUGACACCACCUUGGAGGAGAUUUUCCUGAAAGUUGCUGAAGACAGUGGAGUGGAUGCUGUUGAACUCUCAGACGGAGUGGUGCCAACCAGGAGUCGCCGCCGCCAUGCAUUUGGAGACCACCAGAGCUGCCUGAAGCCCUUCACUGAAGACGACAACUUUGAUUUCAACGACUCUGAAGGUGAUCCAGAAUCCCGUGAGACGGACUGGCUUGGUGGAGCAGAUGGUAAAGGUUCAUACCAGGUGAAAGGCUGGAGUCUGAAGCGACAGCAGUUUGUUGCUUUACUCUGGAAACGAUUCCUCUACGCUCGCCGCUCCAGGAAAGGCUUCUUUGCUCAGAUUGUUCUUCCAGCUGUGUUUGUGUGUAUUGCCCUGGUGUUCAGCCUGAUUGUUCCUCCGUUUGGAAAGUACCCAAGUUUGGCCCUGCACCCCGGCAUGUAUGAAGAACAGUUCACCUUCAUCAGUAACGAUGCACCUGAGGACCCUCAAACCAACAAACUGCUGGGAGCUCUGACUGAAAAACCAGGAUUUGGAACGCGCUGCAUGGAAGGAGAACCCAUACCUGAAGCUCCCUGUAAGUCAGUGGAGGAUGAGUGGUCGGUGCCCGAGAUCGCUCCGAGUGUGAAGGACUUAUUCACCAUAGGGAACUGGUCCAUGGAGAAUCCCUCCCCGCUGUGUGAGUGCAGCUGUGAUGGACGCAAGAAGAUGCUGCCAGAGUGCCCGCCUGGUGCAGGGGGACUGCCACCACCACAGAUGAAAAUCAGUGAAACAGACACUCUGCAGAACCUGACUGGCAGAAACAUCUCCGACUAUCUGGUCAAAACCUACGCUCAGAUCAUCGGCAAGAGUUUGAAGAACAAGAUUUGGGUCAACGAGUUCAGAUAUGGUGGAUUCUCAUUGGGCACCAGGGGUUCUCAGCUCCUCCCUCAUCGUGACGAGGUUGAUGAUGCCAUCGCUCAGCUCCGAGCACGUUUCCGACUGGAGAGGGGAACUGCAGCUGAUCGUUUCUUUCGCAGUCUAUCCAGUUUCAUGCAGGGAUUGGACACCAAGAAUAACGUCAAGAUCUGGUUUAACAACAAGGGCUGGCACAGCAUUGGCGCCUUCCUCAACGUGAUGAACAAUGGAAUCCUGCGAGCCAGUCUGCCCGCCGACAAAGACCCCGGGAAGUUUGGCAUCACCGCCUUCAACCACCCGCUCAACCUGACCAAGGAGCAGCUGUCGCAGGUCGCACUUAUGACAACAUCGGUAGACGUACUGGUGUCCAUCUGUGUGAUCUUCGCCAUGUCCUUUGUGCCGGCCAGCUUCGUGGUCUUCCUCAUCCAGGAGAGGGUGAACAAGGCCAAACAUAUGCAGUUUAUCAGUGGAGUGCAGCCGUUCCUUUACUGGCUGGCCAACUUCGUCUGGGACAUGUGUAACUACAUUGUCCCGGCCACGCUGGUCAUCAUCAUCUUUGUGUGUUUCCAACAAGACGCCUAUGUCUCUUCUACCAAUCUGCCUGUGCUGGCCUUACUGCUACUGCUCUAUGGCUGGUCCAUCACCCCUCUGAUGUAUCCAGCCUCAUUCUUCUUCAAGAUCCCCAGCACCGCCUAUGUGGUUCUGACCAGCGUUAACAUCCUCAUAGGAAUCAACGGAAGCGUCUCCACAUUUGUCCUGGAGCUCUUCGGAGGCAAUGAGAUUGGAGGUGUCAACGACAUUCUGAAGAACGUGUUCCUCAUCUUCCCUCACUUUUGCCUGGGCAGAGGACUGAUCGACAUGGUGAAGAACCAGGCCAUGGCCGACGCUCUGGAGAGAUUUGGUGAAAACCGAUUCCGUUCCCCUCUGGCCUGGGACAUGGUGGGGAAGAACCUGUUUGCUAUGGCCAUAGAGGGCGUGAUCUUCUUCUGCAUCACCGUCCUCAUCCAAUACCGCUUCUGCAUCAAAGCCAGGUCAUCUAGCAGUCAUCUGAAGCCCAUUGGAGAAGAGGAUGAGGACGUGGCCAGAGAGAGACAGAGGAUUCUGAGUGGAGGGGGACAGUCGGACAUCCUGGAGCUCAGACAGCUCACCAAAGUCUACAAGCGGAAACAGAAGCCUGCAGUGGACCGGCUGUGUGUUGGCAUCCCUCCUGGAGAGUGCUUUGGUUUGCUGGGCGUGAAUGGAGCAGGAAAAACAAGCACCUUUAAAAUGCUGACAGGAGACUCUUUGGUUACCAGUGGAGAAGCCUACCUGGCCGGCAAGAGUGUUACUACUGAGAUAGACGAGGUGCAUCAGAACAUGGGCUACUGUCCUCAGUUUGAUGCCAUCAACGACCUGCUGACGGGCCGAGAGCACCUCGAGUUUUACGCCAUUCUGAGAGGAGUGCCUGAGAAGGAAGUGUGUGAGGUGGCAGAGUGGGGCAUCCGCAAACUGGGGCUGAUGAAGUAUGUGGACAAGGCGGCGGGCAGCUACAGUGGAGGAAACAUGAGGAAACUGUCCACCGCUAUGGCUCUCAUAGGAGGACCGCCUGUUGUCUUCCUGGAUGAACCGACAACAGGAAUGGACCCUAAGGCGCGCCGGGCCCUGUGGAACGCCAUCCUGAGUAUUAUCAAAGAGGGACGAUCUGUCGUCCUCACUUCUCACAGUAUGGAGGAGUGUGAGGCGCUGUGCACCAGGAUGGCCAUCAUGGUCAACGGCAGGUUCCGCUGUCUGGGCAGCGUACAGCACCUCAAGAACAGGUUUGGCGAUGGCUAUACCAUCAUCCUGCGGGUGGCGGGGCCGGACCCAGACCUUCGGCCAGUGAUGGAGUUCAUUGAGCGGGAGCUGCCGGGAAGCACGCUGAAGGAGAAACACCGCAACAUGCUACAAUACCAGCUGCCCUCCUCACUCACCUCCCUGGCCCGUAUCUUCUCCCUGCUCUCCAAGAACAAGGAGGCGCUCAGCAUAGAGGACUACUCUGUGUCCCAAACCACUCUAGACCAAGUAUUUGUUAAUUUCGCCAAGGACCAAAGUGAUGAGGACCAUCUGAAAGAUGUCCACUUGAACAAGCGAGACGCUGUCGUGGUGGACGUUUCCCAGCUCAACUCCUUCCUCAUGGAUGACAAGGCCAGGGAGAGCUGCGUCUGAUUCCACUGCCCCACCCCAACAGAUAAGGACCACUAACUGAAGAGGAGGUGGACAUUGUUCAUUUUUUUAUUUCUAUUUUUUAGUCUUUUUUAUUAUCAUUUCUCAGUGGACCUGCAAAUAAGCGCACAGCCUCUUGAAAAAGAUGAGGCAGGGACUGCAGGCAUUCAGACAGCCACUGAAACAAUGAAAACUCAAUGCAAAUCAAUGCAAGAAAUAUAAAUAUAUAUAUAUAUUUAAGAAGAGAUGGUAUUUCUGUGAGGGUUGGAGACUGGUGCUUCUCCUUCACAAGAGACAAAGAAGGAAAGGACUGAAAUUGAGCGGACUGGAAAGACUUGAAACAACAGUAGAAUGAGGAUGAUGAGUUUGGCUGGAAAGCUUUCAGCGGUUGGCGGCACUACUCGCUCACUGGAUAAGGCAUCUGGGUCUGGUAAACCGAGAUAUUGCUGGUUGGAAUCCCCAUUUUUUUGAAAUAGUUAGCAGUAGUCAGUGGGACUGUAUAUGUGGCACUCGUGUACCAUGAAAAGACUCUGUUUUGGAAAACGUUCCAGUCACUCACUGCCAACACAAACAGCAAGGACUGACUGACAUUUUUUUUAUUCAGGAUCAAACCUCUCAAUCUCUCUUUGUUACCAAGCAAAGUUGUUUUACAAUGCAAUUUGUGGAUAAAAGUCUCUACAAUCCAAUUGAUUUCACUCUGAAAUAUGUAGUUAAACAACGUUCUACUAAUUUUAUCCGUUAUGUCUUUUUGUUUGAAGACUAAAUGCAUCUGAAAGACAAAUGUAACCUCUAUGGACAUUUGGUCUGGAUUUUUUUUUAGAAUGAUAACAAAAUUGUCUUUUUUGUUAUGUUUUUUUUGUUUUUUUUUUGUUAAAUUCUUGAUGUCCUUGAUGUUGUCCAGCACAGUGCCUAUAUUAUGUCAUGAUGGAGAGAGAAAUCAGAGCACUCCAGCAACAACAACAACAACAACAACAUGUACGUAGGCUACUAAGAUAUGGGACAGCUAACAUGUCUUGUAUAAAAGCACAAAAAGGAGCUUUUUGUGGAUGUAUGUGCGGAGACAAAACUUGACUGCUUCUAAAACCAUGUCCUGUAUCAUAAAAAAAAAUCUAAUGUGUUCCUUGACGUCUCUAAGAUGGAUGUACAGCUUGCCACAAUGGAUUGCUUUCACUCACCCCCUUAAAAUUAAACAAAAUGUUAAAUUGGACGGACACAAAAAAGGCCACUCAACUAAAAGCAAAGGACUGAUCGACUGAUCUUGGGAGUGUACUGGAAAUAUAUAUUGCAUGCUUUCCACGGGGCCGCACACUGGGACAAUCCUUACUGCUUUGUGUGUGUGCCAAAGCAUGAACCGUCAGAUCACUUUCUGAAGGACUGGAGAGGACUGAAGUCCCACUCUGGCGUCGUUGGAUUGCGGGGCGUCUUUCUAGUACAUACAUGUGAGGUUUAAACUCAAGUUCUAUUGUAAAAAAAAAAAAAAAAAAAAAAAAAAAUCUGUAUCAGUGUGAUCUCCACGAUGAGAUGAAUCGGAUGGGAAUGUUCCAGUGGGUGGGGCUUUAGAGAAGAGCGUCGAACACCUAACAUGAGCUAGCAUCCUUUUGCUUUCAUUGUGAUCUAGAGAUGGUACCUGUUUCAUUUACAUACGCUUAUAUAUGCGCCUGUGUCAAGGCACGAUGGGAGCCAACACAGAUGUGGAUAUUAUAUAGGGUAACAAUUUUGUGACAUUGUCCAGUGAAAAAAAAAAGUACCUGUUGAGUUAAAACGAGUGAACAAACCUGUGCCAAAUGGAGUUGAAUAUAUAUUUUCAAUCAACCAGCAUUAAUCUUGAGGAGGUAACCGUUUUGUACUGUCGAAGUUGUGCUGUUACUUCAGUCGUUUAUUCAUAAAACACAGCUUCACUUACACAGUACCUCUCUCUGUUUUCAGCAACUUGAAACAAAAAGGCACGUGUACAAUCUACGCUCUCUCGUUCAGUCUCCGUCAGACUGCGCUUUGUCUUUGUAUCUUCUCGCGGUGCAGUUGCCAAACUCCAGCAUCUCUUUGAAAGCUGUCCACUUUAAUAAGCCACCACGACUAAGUCAAACCCUUUUCUGGCAUCACAUUUUAGAACUGAGACAUUCAACACAAAAUAAUUCCCCCCUGCUGUUUUUAGGGCCCAAAAUCUGUUUCCAAAGCUAAUCAUUUAGCCAGACAAAUCACAAACAGGGACCACAUUAAUUAAAAAUACGCUUUAGGUGCUUAGCAAUCUCUAAAUUAAAGAUCAGAGACUCACUAAGGGUGCUCAACAUGUGGAGUCUUAUUAUUUGUAGGCUCCAAUAGACUCUGUGGGGCUUAAAGCUUAUCUUGCUAUUAACACUAAGGGUCCAACAACCCCCUCCGUCACUAUGUAGAAAGCUAUCUGAGCACUUUAAAGGUGUAGUGCGCAUUUGUCUGGUUGUGGCAAAUCAAUCGUGAGAAAUAAAACUCUGCACUGGAACACAGACAACAACCCGUAUAAGAUUAAGCAUUUGAUAUUUUAAAAAAAAAAAAUGUCGGAAGUGAAAUAGAGAAUGAAACCUUAAAAAGUGAUCAAGAAAAACGAGUUAGAUGAAAAAUAGAUUGAU